AUGGACGCUCGUGAGGUUGCAAAGCACAGGUCGGCAGCUUCGUGCUGGAUUGUCCUUCAUGGAAAAGUAUACGAUGUGACCGACUAUCUGCCCGAGCAUCCGGGAGGAAAAUCUGUCUUGUUGCGAUGGGCGGGCAAGGGGUACACCGACCAAGCAAGUCGUGUACCAGGAGAUGAACCACGGGCUAACAGGAUAGGCCAACAAAAGGAUGCUACAGCCGAGUACUCCAAGGUACACUCACCUUCAACCGUCGAAGAGACUCUAACAAAAGAGAAGCAGUUGGGUCCUCUUGACAGCGCAACGGUCGAAUGCCUGGACAACGGCGUCAAUUCCGCGUCUGGAUCUGGGGCUGGGGUGGCCAGAAACGAUGCCAAGCAGGAUGCGAUUCCGCAUAUCGACCUCUGCGUCAGGCUUGAUGACUUCGUCGAACCGGCACGACGGACGAUUUCGGAGCAGGCCUUCACGUACAUCUCCUCGGCGGCCGAUACGUUGCAAUCGUACCACGACAACGCCGAACAGUGGUCCAAGGUCUCUUUUAUCCCACGAGUUCUCCGCGACGUCUCUCGGGUCGACUUGUCCACUUGCAUGUUCGGUCAACGAUGCGCCAUGCCGUUCUUCAUCGCCGCGACCGCCCUGGUCGGCCUGACGCAUCCGGACGGGGAGGCUGGCCUGGCGAGAGUAGCCGCAGCCCGCGGCGUACAUUAUUCUCCCAGCACGUACACGUCGGUUCCGCACGCCAAGAUUGCAAAGAGCCACGGAGAAGCAGCAGCUACUGGCGCUGGAUCGGGAUCGGGAUCGGCAUCUGGUCCUGCCGACUCGCGUCUUUUCUCCCAGCUAUACGUGCACAGCAGGAAGGAGAAGACGCUAUCCCUUAUCCAGGAGGCAAAGAGAUUGGGUUACCGGGCAUUGAUGAUCACGGUGGAUACACCUUGCGUGGGAAACCGAGACGAGGACCGCCGACUGAAAAUUCGAGACGAGCUUGAGCUCGGUGGGCCACUUCCAGAGUCUGAUGCCGACGGCGAACCUAGGGUUGUCCCCGGACGCAACAGCGGAGGACUAUCUCAGUCGCUGAACUGGGAGGACCUCAAGUGGAUCCGGGAGGCCUGGGGAGGACCGAUAGCGUUGAAAGGUAUCCAGUCGGCCGAGGACGCCAAGCUCGCCAUGGAAGCCGGAGUCGAGGCCGUCUACCUCAGCAACCACGGCGGCCGGCAGCUGCACUCGGCGCCGCCCUGCCUCGCCACAUUGCUGCAGAUCCGUCGGCAGUAUCCCGAGGUCCUCAGGCGGUGCGAGAUUUUCGUGGACGGCGGAGUAGCCAGGGGGGGAGACAUUCUCAAGGCGAUUUGCCUCGGGGCGAAAGCAGUGGGCAUUGGACGACCGCUGCUUUACGCCAUGGGUGCCUAUGGGCCGAAAGGCGUGCACAAGGCCAUCGACAUCUUGAAAUACGAGUUGGAAACGACCAUGGCACUGCUUGGCGCUACAAAUUGUAAGACAGUCAGUGAACUCCGGGCGGCGACAGAGCGGAGCCGGGGGAAGAAGUCGAUGUCGCCCAUUACUCAGGAGUGA